CCCACACAAAGAUUCUAAUUGAGCUCCCUCAAGCCUUCCCCCUCAUGGACACAUACGACGACUCAGAGACUCCAUUUAUUCCUACGUUGGGUGCCAAACCACGAACAACUAAAGGAAGAAAACUAUCUCGCAGAACGAUAUGCGCUGCUCUGGCAGGUAUAUCCUUGCUUGGCUUUGGAUUUCUCCUACUCAAGCCCUCGAGCCAUCUGGACACACCGAAUGUGCCUUCACAUUCUGCCGCCUCCAACUCGCCGUCAUAUCUUCAAGGUCCACCUACCCAACGCUUUCGAGACAACCUUCGUAACGACACAAAAUACAUUACAUCGUUUUCUUCAGCGGGAUGGACGAAUGACGUGAUGACCUAUGGCAAUUUAAUCUACCUGGCACUCCUAACAGAACGUAUUCCCAUCAUUGCAAAAUUCCUCUCUUCUCAUAUCGACUCAAGUGAACCUCCAUUUGCUUUUGGGGAAGUUUUUGAUGUCCCUCGGCUUAGCCAAGCCAUAGGCAUCCCCGUACUUGAAUGGCACGAAGUAAAGGACUCGGAAAGUCAGGUUCUCGAUGAUCUUGGUGGUUGGAGCGUCUGGGAAAGCGUUGAAAGAUACAAGGAGGAUCCCCGUCCUCGUGCAAGUCCCAUCAUAGAUCGCCUCAAGCUCGAUAUUUCGUGGACGCGAACCCCAGAUUGGGUCAAGCUCACACCUCCUGACAUAAUAGACGACCACGCCUCGUUUUGGUCCCUUGCAACACUUGCGUUUCCGCAGGCUCGCUCGGAAAGCCUGAGAUUACCGAAUCAUCCUUCUCCUCAGCAUCAGGUUUCACUUCCCCCAGACGACCAGCUACUAUGCUUCGAUUUUCUUUACUUCAUAGGCGCCCAACGUCCAUGGGAAUGGGAGAUGGAUUAUUCUCCUGCAUGGAGAUUUGUAGGCCAACACAUGCGAUGGAAUGUAACCAUGGAAAAGCUUGCCGAUGCGCACGCCCGGCGUGCCAUGAAUGUGCCAGUCGACGAACCAGUACCUCCCUAUAUAUCCGUUCACAUACGGCAUGGUGACUUCCGCGAUCAGUGUCAUGGCCUUCCUUUGGAUCAGUGCUUUGCCUCCCUGUCUAUCAUUGCGCGCAGGGUAUCCGAGGUGCAAGAAGAACUUCGCACGCAAAAAGGGAUCGAGGCCACACAUGUUAUCAUGACGAGCGAUGAGUCUGACCCGGAAUGGUGGUCAGAGGUCCGGGCAUUGGGCUGGACGUGGGUAGACUAUGCGACAGACCGGACGGAGGAAAUCUAUGGAAAGUGGUAUCCGGUGUUCAUCGAUGCUAUUAUUCAGUCGAAUGGAGCGGGCUUUGUUGGCACUCGUGGGUCCACAAUGUCCAAUCUGGCUCGCCGCAGAGUGCAGACGUGGCACAAUGGACCAACUCGGAUCGUCCAAUGGGGGUGGCCGGGCGCUGAUGACCAUUGAUGUGAUCGGAAAUUCGGAAUCGAGAUGACCUUGCGCGCCGCAAAACUCGCUGGCCGAAAUGAUUUCUAUUUUUCCAAUGGGCAUAAUCUCCGGGCUCGAAUUCACAGCGGGAGGCAACAAAACCUCCAUGUAUUUAUUCGCUAAUGGUACUGGGACUGAGAUCCAGUACCUCAUCACGCAUUUCGUUCAUCUGCUGCUCAAGUGUCGAGGACACUCUUCCUCACUCAAUAGAGCACAAGAUUAUAUUAAGACUACCUAGUCAAACCGAGAUAUACUACGAGUAUACCAUACGCACUGUUGUUGGGCUAACAUUACAGCGACGAUAAACGAGUUCAUGUAUUUUAAUUUUUUG